AUGGCUUUCCAUCAACCAACUCGCCAGGCUGCUCAACGAAUCUUCCACCAUACGGUUGAGGACGACGUACGCCAAGCUCCCCAGCCAGUGGCGUCGGUCGUCGAAGAGUCGCACACAUGGGUCUUAUUCUCUCCAACAAAUGAUGAUCAGACUACGACUUCAUACCUCACAGGAACCCAUCAUACCGAAUCGACACCCGGUCGUUCACGAUUGAGUGAUUUAGGUAGUUUGCACACGAUUGCCCGCACCGACAGCAUCGGGCAGCAACAGUCGGCCAGCAGCAAUGCGGUUGACGAUGACGACUAUGAGGAAGAGGACGCAGAACUGGACAGUCUAGACAGCCACCUUCCCGAGUUUCGAUCGACACCACACUUCUAUAGCUCGGCGCAUGGCUUAGCGCCUAUCGUGCCUGCCCACGAUGGCCUCGGCUCGUUCCGACUUGACCACGAUGGCAUGGGUCCUGAUGUCCAGGAAAGGCUGUAUGCAUUCGAACAGUACAACCCUCGACGGGUAAAGAGGCGAAGAGAGAGUCUCGAGGUAGCUCAGGUUGAGCUCGAGACGGAACAAGAACAGGAGAUGGACAAGAUGAGGCGGAUAGAGACCUGGAGAUUAGAGCAGAGCCGAUGUCUGCUCGAGGAGAUCCAGAAGGAAACCAGACGGCGGAGACGAUCUGCAGCCAGUACACAAUCAGCGGUGGCGAGGAGCCAAGUUGUAGCAGCUGUCGACGAGGUCCUGGCUAGCAGCCAAGAAACAGUAGAUGAGGAUGAUGCUUGGCAUGAUCAGCAGGCGAACGACCUCGGAGAAAGUGAAGGUAUCUUGGGUCGUAUCACACGAAAAGUCGUCCGUGACAUCUUGGGCAUUGACGAUAAGAUGUUAUCCGUGCUUUUCGGUGAGUCGUUGCCUGAUGAGGACGAUUUGUCCUCAACGCCCAAGGCGUCGACCGUAAUGCGCGACACAAGCAAUGACACCACCAUGACUGAUUCCCAAGAAGCGUCAUGGCAACUCAAGAUGCUCGAAAGGAUAGCCAAAGAACUUGGGUCGCUUGUACAUUCAAUGUCGGAGCAUCCGGGAGCCUUUUCGACCUACUCACGAAUGCAACAAAUGCCCAUUCCCUAUGCUGGUCUACCGCCGAUUGCCGAGUCCACGACCGACAUUGGGCAAACUCCAGCAAUUCCAACUAGCCCAAUAACGACAAUGCCCGAAUUCAAGCCAACUAUUGUCCCCCAACAAACACGACCUAUCGAUAUGCCACAUGCCAAGCCAACCGCAGCUGCAUCGCCCGUCCAGGGUGACAAGGCCGCCCCAGACACAUCCUUUACACAAGACGAAUGGGAGAAGGAUCUGGACGUGCGACUGAUAUUCCGCUAUCUCCGAUCACGCUUCUUGUCACGCUCAAACAGCACGGGCAACUUAUCUGGUACCUCUCAUCUCGCGACAUCCAGUACCCAAGACGUGGCGGCCAAAGUGGCACGAGUACGACAACACCACCCGUUAGUAUCGAAGGCGCGCCCCGCCGAGAGGCGUGUGUUUAGAGCAACAACGCCAACAAGCCCGGUGCUUUUUAGACAUGCUUCAAGCUGUGCGAGUCAGAGUACACGAAAGUCGGUGAGAAGAGGUAGUGGCUCCUCUCGCCAUUACUGGGACAUUGGUGCUGGUUCUGUCGGUACGGGAUCUUUAAUCGCUGCAGCGGGUCCUAUGGGAAGCUGGGGCGAGGUGUGA